GACACCUAAAGUUUGUCUUGUGCUACACACAUACAAAACACUUUCUUUACACUGCGAAUUCCCGACUUUCUGAGUUCAAGUAACGUUAGCAGCCCCAUUCCUUCUCCUGCCUUGCGCACACAUUUUUUAUUUUUCCCCACGUUUUCCUCCGCAAUUAUUCUGCAGUUAGUGAAAGGGCAAAAAAGGCAUAAAAGCAUUAAAUACCUUAGGAGGGCUGUUGUUGCGCUGGCUGAGCUGCAGCUCGGAUCUACAUUGGAGCAUCUAAGUUCAUCGGUAAAGUCCCGUCGUUUAGUCCCAUGCAUGUGUAAGAGUGAAACGCGCCUCCAUGAAGCUACAGUGGAGAAGAAGAAGACAGCCCCUCCGCUGCUCCCACCAGCAGUCCCAGGCAAUGCGAGCGUGCAUGACGUCAGUGGGAAUGUGGGAAAGCAGUGCGCACUCCUGAUUGGUUGCGACGGGUGCAGGGGGCGUUCCCGAGGAGGUUCGCGUCGUUGAAUUAACCAAUGACAGAAGAGAUGAUAGUUUCCUUGGUUACAAAUUUUGUCAACGCUGUACAGAGAGAGAGAGAGAGAGAGAGAUAGCGCAAGUCGAAGAUCUAAAGUUUGCAGGCACUGUAGUACAUGCACAUAGAGCUCUACAGCGAUGAGUGGAAUGGAUCUGCAUUCGUUCAUUACAAACUACAGAGCAGAAGAUGUGGAAAAACUGUCACUGCGGAUGAAAAAUGGUCUUGGCAGCUCAAAGUACAAACCGGCUGAAUAUAAAAGACUACAAGCCAUUGUUGAUGUGAAACGCCAGGAGACUGAUCUAAUUGGACAAAAGGUUCAGAAGACUCGCUGUGCAGCCAAGGCAACCAAGGAGAGCUCCAUAUUACGGCAGCACAGACAGGUGUGGAACAGAGAGUGCUCCAGGCUGCAAAAGGCUGAGGAGAAGGCUGAGAAUGACAUCCAUGAUUUUCUACAGCAGAUCAAGCCAAAUGGUAGAACAGACACUGCCACCUUCUCACUUCAGGAUUAUGGGCGGCUCCUAGAUAGGGAGAGGGAGGCAUUCCGGAUAGCUACCGUGGAGCCUGUUCUUCAGCUCAAGGAUGAUCUGUGCUUCAGACUGGGUGAAGUACAACAUCAACAGCUCACUGCCCACCGAUCAGUCUGGGAACAAGUAAUACAACAGGUGACCUUUGUGAAAGACCAGCAGGAUGACAUAAAAGCAAAACUUCAUGCAGAGUUCCUGGCCCUGGAGGAGGAGAUCUCUGGCCUUGGCAUGGAGAAAUAUCUUACCAGUGCUUCAGACAGUCCCGUAAGCAUAGAAAACAUUGCAGAAGAGGUUGAUUCAGACUGCCCUUACCCAGAACUCAAGGACUCCCUGAUCCAGGCCUUCUACUCCCUGUCAGAAAUAUACCACAGCAGGCUGCAGCAUCUCCAAGAGCAACUGCAAAGAACUAACAGGUUCUGUGGCUGGUGUGCAGACGACCACCAACGCUUCCAGUUCACUUUGUCUCUGUACACUCCUGAUAUACCCAACCACAGGGCGCUCUGCAUGGACAUGCUGCAAAGACUGUUCCCUGAGAAAACUAGACAAGAGCUGAUGGAGCAUGAACGUUUGUGGGACCGGCAGCGCUUCACCGAGGCACAGCUGAGAGCAGUGACCCAGAAGUGGCAGCGGGACCAGGAAGAGCUGCUGGCCAGAGCUCUGGUCAUGCUGCAGGAGGCGAGACAUGCCCACCAGGAGGAGCUGGAGCUCCAUAGAGACCGCCAGCACCAGCUGGACAUCUGCUCGCAUCUCAGAGAGAAGCUGCAGCAGUGGCGGGCCCAGCAGGAGGAGGUGGCGAAGCUGGAGGCAGCUAUAGCUGCUAGACAGCAGGAGGAGGAAGAGGCGAGGUUAAAGAGGGAGCAGGAGAAGGAGACUGCCAUCAGAUCGCAGCAGAAAGAAAAAGUCAGGCAGUUUUAUUUAAAGCAGCAGAAGAGGAGGGGGGUGCAAGGGCAGAGGGAUCAAGAAAGACUCGCUAAUCUGAGAAGCGUCAUGGAGGAACAGGCAAGGCGAGAUAAAGAGAGGGUACAGUUUCGGGCAGAUAUGUUGCAGUGGCGAAGGGAGGAGAGAGAGGCGCGGGAGCUUGAGCGGCAGAGAGAAGAAGAAGAGAAACAGAAUCGUCUGGAAGUUCUCAGAAACCAGGUUGGGGUGGUGGCAGAGGCAGACCCAGAGAGGAUGAUGGCAGAUACAGAGGCUUGGAGAAGUCGACACUUGAAUGUAAAGUUUGAGUUUGAGCUCCAAAGGCCUCUCUACAGUAUUAACACGUACACAGACACACAGUGGCAGGUCCCACUGGGGUGCGGAGACACGAAGCACCGGUCGUUGUCUCCUCACACCCUGCAGAAAACGCUUCACGAGGGGGUGGUUGAAGACAGGAGCCAAACCUUUGGAGGUUGGCCGAGCACCGGCAGCGUGGCUAUGGCGCCUGACUCCUGUGACAGAGCCCCCCAGACCUGA